CCCUUGCAUCGGUUCAGGUCGUCCUGUGAAGUCUGCUACGAUGCUGCCCGCCACUACCCUUAAGCCCACCUUCUCCGGGCCCCGCCUGCCGGUCGCCAAGGCUGGUCGCACACCAGUUAGCCGUGCUGCUCUGCGUGUGCGAGCAGGCCCUUACGAUGAGGAGCUCAUCGCCACCGCGAGGAAAAUCGCCAGCCCCGGCAAGGGGAUUCUGGCUAUGGACGAGUCCAACGCCACCUGCGGCAAGCGCCUGGAAUCCAUCAGCCUGGAGAACACCGAGACCAACCGCCAGGCAUACCGCGAGCUGCUGGUGACCGCCCCAGGCCUGGGCCAGUACAUCUCCGGCGCCAUCCUGUUCGAGGAGACUCUGUUCCAGAAGACCUCCACCGGCAGCACCAUGGUGGACGAGCUCAACAAGCAGGGCAUCGUGCCAGGCAUCAAGGUGGACAAGGGAUUGGUCCCCAUGGUGAACAGCAACAACGAGUCCUGGUGCCAGGGACUUGACGGCCUUGCGCAGCGCACCGCCGAGUACUACAAGGCCGGAGCCCGCUUCGCCAAGUGGCGCGGCGUGGUCUCCAUCCCUGCCGGCCCAUCCAUGAUCGCCCUGCGCGACACCGCCUACGGCCUCGCCCGCUACGCCGCCAUCGCGCAGGCGUCUGGCUUGGUCCCCAUUGUGGAGCCGGAGGUGCUGCUGGACGGAGAGCACGACAUCGACGCCACCCUCGAGGUCGCCGAGGCCAUCUGGGCCGAGACCUUCAAGUACCUCGCCGACAACAAGGUGCUGUUUGAGGGUAUCCUGCUGAAGCCUUCCAUGGUGACCCCCGGCGCAGACUCCCCAAAGCGCGAGAAGCCGGAGGUCGUUGCCGACUACACCCUCAAGCUCCUCAAGCGCCGCGUGCCCCCCGCCGUGCCAGGCAUCAUGUUCCUGUCUGGUGGACAGUCUGAGCUGGAGUCGACCCUCAACCUCAACGCCAUGAACCAGACCCCCAACCCGUGGCAUGUGUCCUUCUCCUACGCGCGCGCCCUCCAGAACUCCGUGCUCAAGACAUGGAAGGGCCAGCCGGAGAAUGUUGACGCUGCAAAGCAGGCGCUGCUGAAGCGCGCCAAGGCCAACAGCGACGCGCAGCUCGGCAAGUACGACCCCUCCACCGAGUCCUCCGACGCCGGCGAGCGCACCUUCGAGAAGGGCUACGUCUACUGAGGCGCCCCCUCCGCCGGUGACAUCACCGGUCCUUGUGCUUUGACAAAGCAAAUCUUGCCUCUGCCUCCGGCCGCUGCCUCACUGGUGAGCGCUGUGCAGCCUGUCAGGCAUAUCAUGCGGGCAAGAGAGGUGCAGGUUGUGUGCAUGCCUGCUGGCGACAGCGACUCGCACCAAGUCAUUUGGCUGAGGCAUGCAGAAGGGCAGUGUAUUGACCGUCAGGUCAAACAUUGCAGUGGCAUGUCAAUAUCUAGGAGAAGAUGAUCAAGUUGGAAACGAGGAAGGCUCUUGUCCUGGAGUGCUGAAAUCCACUGCAAGCCAGGGAGCCUGUAAGGUCUCGUCCAUUCUGCAAAUGCUGAUCUAGUUUUGGGCCGAACAACCUUAUGGCAGUACUGUAGGCGAACGCAUCUGAGUGUUUCUGACACGAGGCGGCUAGCACUUUGGGGUGUUGGCAAGACAGACCAUAAUGGCAAGUGUCAUUGAUAAAGGAGUUCGAGUUUUGUGGUGGGCAUUUUCCUGCAGCAUACCUGAGACCUGACAAGUCAGCCAUGGCUUCAACUGGCGGUGCCAUCUCAGACACCAAGUCUAUGGUGAAUACGUAUUGUGAUAUCUAAAUUGACUGGUGGAAGCCAAUCUAGCUAUUCUGACCAAAGCCACUUGAUCCUAGAACUCUAAACAAGGGGCUCAGUGAACCGCCCCUGAAAAGGUUG